AUGGCCGUGAUGUUUGCUAGCAACCUCACUCAAAAUAUACCUCAAAGUGUCCUCAUACCCGCCGCACUUAGCCUCAUUGCGUUCGUUGUCUACGAACUCGUCCGCUGGUUCGCGCGAGUACCCGGGUUCAAAGGGCCACCUGGAGCACCGAUUGUGGGUAAUCUGCUGCAGAUUCGACACAAGGAUGCACCAGAGCAGUAUCGCCAAUGGGCCAGAAAAUAUGGCCCUGUUUACCAAAUACAACUGGGGAAUAUACCGGUCCUUGUGAUCAACUCCGCCACGGCAGCAAAGGUGAUCCUGAACCAGAAUUCGCAUGCCACGAGUUCGAGGCCAGAGUUUUAUACCUUUCACAAAAUCAUCUCGGACACUGCGGGAACAACAUUAGGGACCAGUCCCUGGUCCGAGUCGACAAAGAGAAGAAGGAAGGCAAUAGCAACAGCGGUGAAUCGACCGGCGGUCGCCAGCUAUGUUCCUCACCUCGACCGCGAAACCCGGACGUUCCUCUCGGAGGCGCUGCGUGAAGGUGACCGUGGCAAGAAGGGAGUUAACCCGAUGCCACUCUUUCUGCGCAUGAACAUGAGCAUUGGCCUAACGCUCCACUGGGGAACUCGCAUGGAGUCACAGAACAACCUGUUUCAUGAGAUUGUGCACGUCGAAGACACCAUCAGCAAUUUCCGGAGCACAACAGGAAACUUACAGGACUAUAUCCCGCUUCUUCGCCUCAAUCCAUUCAACAAGCAGUCUGCCGUGGCUACAGAUAUGAAAAUCCGGCGGGAUAGAUACAUGCAAAUCCUGGACAAGGACUUGGAUGAUCGGAUUGCCACAGGGGCUUACAAGCCAUGUAUGAGGGCCAACGUGCUUCUCGACGAGGAGGCAAAGCUCAACAAGCUGGAACUCAGUUCGCUCAAUCUAACACUGUUGGCCGCCGGCUUGGACACCAUGAACUCGGCCGUGUCGUGGGGACUGGCUAUUUUGGCGGAUAGACAGGAUGUUCAGAAGAAGGCACUCGCCGCCAUCCGCGAGACCUAUUCGUCCGACAACCCGUUAUGUGACGCCGCGGACGAUCAAAGCUGUGCAUAUCUGGUAGCAGUCAUCAAGGAGAUCUUGAGGUUCUAUUCUGUGACUCGACUAUCACUGCCGCGCUGUACCAUUCAGGACUUUGUCUACGAGAACAAGGUGAUCCCAAAGGGGACGGUGAUGUUCCUUAACGUCUGGGCUUGCAACAUGGAUCCCGACUUGUGGGAAGAUCCAGAGGUGUUUCGACCGGAGCGAUGGGUUGAGAGGCCCGAGGCUCCGACCUUCACGUUCGGCACCGGAUCGAGAAUGUGCCUGGGCACGCAAUUGGCCUACCGGGAGCUUUAUGUCCUCUUCCUGAGGGUCCUGAACAGUUUCAAGGUUGUACCGGAUGGGAUCCUCGAGACUUCUCCGAUCAAGGGCGUCGCCAACCCGGCGGCUUUAACCACGCAGCCCAAGGCUUAUAAGGUCCGUUUUGUUCCUCACAAUCUAUCGGCCCUGGAAAAGGGUUUAAAGGAAGGAGCAGUGGUGUGA